CCGGGCUGGGCUGACGGCCGCGGCUGGGAACUUCGGGAGCGUGCGGGCGCCAGCGGCCGUUCCGGCGGCAGGCAAGGAAGAUAUUGUGCUGUUAUCCAGUUGUCAUAGUUGAUUUCACUGUGCAAAUCUUCAAGAUUCCUACUGGAGUGAAAGUGUCAGUUGUGAUAAUGACAACUGAAGUUGGUUCAGAGACCGAAGUAAAGAAAGAUUCUGAGCAGUUGGGAGCAGACAAAGCCAAGGACAAGCCUGAAGAAGCAUCAGAGACUCCAGGAGAUCAAAAGUCCAGGGAAGCAUCCUCUGGAGAAGCUCAAGAUUCUUCUGUCCCAGCACCAACUAGCCAAAGCAGUCCAAGUAGCCAGAAGAAGGAAAAACCUUCACCUGAAAGCAAGGGUAUUUCUCGUUUCCUUCCCCCUUGGCUUAAGAAACAGAAGUCAUACACCUUGGCAGAGCCCAAAGAUGAGCCCAAGAAAAAGACCACAGGGGAAGAGCAAGUAGUUGAAGAAAGUGAAAGCCAGGCACUAGAGGGGGUGGCUCAGCCAAGAAAGAGCUUGGAAGAAGCAGCUGAAAACCGUCAGAAUGCUAAAGCAUAUGACAAAGAAAAGCGCUCCAUCAGUAGUGCUGAAAUACAGCCUUCCAAAGAAGAUGGUAAAGAAACAGAAGUAGGGGAAGUUGCAGAGAAAAAGGAAGAAAAAGAAGAAGAAAAAAGGGAGACAAAAGAAGUGCAGACAGCUGAAAUUAAAAUAGAUAACAUUCCUCAGAAGUCUCCAAAGAAAAUCAAAACUGUGCAGUGUAAGGUGAUGCUUCUGGAUGGCACGGAAUACAGCUGUGACCUAGAGAAAAGAGCAAAAGGACAAGUGCUGUUUGAUAAAGUAUGUGAACACCUCAAUUUACUGGAAAAGGACUAUUUUGGGCUGUUGUUUUAUGAGAAUUCAGAACAGAAGAACUGGCUAGAUUCUUCAAAGGAAAUUAAGAGACAAAUUCGAAGUUUACCGUGGAUAUUCACCUUUAAUGUGAAGUUUUAUCCCCCUGAUCCAUCGCAGUUGACUGAAGACAUUACUAGGUAUUUCUUGUGCCUACAGCUUCGCCAGGAUAUUGCAUCUGGCCGACUGCCGUGCUCUUUUGUGACUCACGCCCUCCUUGGUUCAUAUACUCUGCAGGCUGAGCUGGGUGAUCAUGACCCAGAGGAGCACAGCAGUGAUUAUAUCAGUGAAUUCCAGUUUGCACCCAAUCAGACUCAAGAAAUGGAAGAGAAAGUGGCUGAGCUACACAAAACACACAGGGGCUUGACUCCAGCACAGGCGGAUUCCCAGUUCCUAGAAAAUGCUAAAAGACUCUCCAUGUAUGGAGUGGAUUUACAUCAUGCCAAGGAUUCUGAAGGUGUGGAUAUCAUGCUGGGUGUAUGUGCUAAUGGUCUGCUGAUUUACAAAGACAGACUCCGGAUCAACCGCUUCGCUUGGCCAAAAAUUCUGAAGAUUUCCUACAAGCGAAGUAAUUUCUACAUCAAAGUCAGGCCAGCAGAACUGGAACAGUUUGAGAGCACUAUUGGGUUCAAACUGCCAAACCAUCGGGCUGCUAAAAGAUUAUGGAAGGUUUGUGUGGAGCACCAUACUUUCUUCAGACUUUUAUCACCAGAACAGCCUCCAAAAGCAAAGUUUCUGACCUUGGGUUCCAAGUUCCGCUACAGCGGCCGUACGCAGGCGCAGACACGGCAGGCCAGCAACCUCAUAGACAGACCAGCUCCGUACUUCGAACGCACUUCCAGCAAACGGGUUUCCAGAAGCCUUGAUGGAGCUCCCAUGGGUAUUUCAGACCGAAGUCUUCUAAGAGAUUUCUCUGCUACUGGAGGGCAGGCUGCUGGAGAUAAAAUCAUUGAUCUUGAAGCUGCUGGUCAGGCCAAGUUAAAAGAAGGUGGCAGAGAAGAAGAUGAAAGUCCACUCAAAACUCCACAAUUAGAGUUGACUCAGGAUGGAAAGAUCAGUUCCUUGAGAGUAGACGGGGAAAAUAUUUAUGUCAGACAUAGCAAUUUAAUGUUGGAGGACCUGGAUAAGACCCAGGACGACUUACUGAAACACCAGGCUAGCAUUAGUGAGCUCAAGCGCAAUUUCAUGGAAUCCACACCUGAACCACGCCCAAAUGAGUGGGAAAAGCGGCGUAUCACACCUCUGUCCCUACAGACACAAGGGAAAAAAGGAGACCACAUUUUCCAAGUGAAAACACUGCCUGGGAAGGAGAAACAAUGGAUUUCAAUGCCAUGGAUUGCUGGAGCAAAACCAGAGGAAACUGAUAAGAGACAUGCUUCCAGAGCAGAAGGGCCUUGUACUGGAGUCAGCGAUGCUGAUAAGAGUUCACAUGAGACUCUGGACAUAGUGGAGGAGAAGAAGCAGGCAGAGUUUGGGAUAGAAGAAACAGUAGUCGUAGACGAAACCAACAAAGGGAAAAUGCAAGUUGCCACUGAUGCUGGGGAGACAUGUAAGGUGGAGCACGUGUCAAAAAAGGACUCUUCAUCAUUGCCAUCAGAUAGUAGCAGCAGCAGCAGUAGUAGUGAGAGUGAGGAUGAAGAGAUGGGAGAAUACCAGCCACAUCAUAGGGCAAUUGAGGAUGUCAUCAGGGAAGAACAGGAAGAAGAGGAACACAUGAAAAAGAAAGAACAUGAAGAAAAUACGCAACAUGUGGAAGCUGUACCAGAAAGCAGUAAACUAAAUGUACCAGUUGAGCACACACAAGUUACAGCUGAAGAUUUGGUCCAGGAAAAUACAGUUACUGUAGCUACAGAAGAGAAGAAUUUGUCAGAGCAAAUUAAGCAAGAUUUAGGUGAAGAAAAAGAGGAGGAACAGCUGAAACUCAAUGGAGAUGUGUCUCAUGUUGACAUUGAUGUUGCACCACAAUUAAUUUGUUGUUCUGAGCCUCCAGUAGUGAAAACAGAGAUGGUAACCAUUUCAGAUGCCACACAGAGAACUGAAAUCUCCACUAAAGAAAUUCCGAUUGUUCAAACAGAAACUAAAACUAUCACAUAUGAAUCUUCACAGCUUGAUGGCAAUGCUGUUGGCGAUACCGGUGUGCUGGUGAGUGCACAGACAAUUACAUCAGAGUCCAUUUCUACUACCACAACUACACACAUCACAAAGAUGGUAAAAGGUGGAGUAUCAGAAACAAGAAUUGAGAAGCGCAUUGUCAUUACUGGAGAUGCAGAUAUUGACCAUGAUGAGGCCCUGGCACAGGCAAUCAAAGAAGCCAAAGAACAGCACCCUGAUAUGUCUGUGACAAGAGUGGUGGUGCACAAAGAAACUGAACUUGCUGAGGAAGAUGAAGACUAAAAUGAAAAAUGCCCUCAAGCAAAUACUUCAGAAAUAAAAAUGUCACUGACCACGAAGAACUGUAGUCAUUCCAAGUCAUCAUGACUCCACUGAAUCCACCAGGCCUAGCAACGAUGACCAGUUGUUCACAACUUAAAUGCCAAUACCAAACUCCAUUUUAACAUCUUUGGUCUAUAUUCCCUUAGAGUAUUUCUUGUUUAUUUUUAUAACCACUUCUUAACAGUCUUAGAGUUUUGGUUUUUUUAAAUGAAGUUCUAGAGGGUAUGAUCUUCUUUUGCACAAAUACUUGUAUUUUCGAAACUGAUUCUUAAUUAUAUGAAAGUGAACAAAGGAAGUCUGGAAAUCAUUGUUCACUGGAGGAGGUGGUAAUUGUGCAGGAAGGAGGAUCUUUACUAAUUCAGAUAUAGUUUUUUUCAGAUAUUUCAAGUGAAAUCUCUUACUGGAGUAAUUUACAGAAUUUUUUUCAGAUUAUUCAGGUAAAUAUAUGAUAUCACAUAACGAAGUUUUUUAUAAAAAUAAAACAUUUGCUAAAAUUUGAAAAAAUAUAUUUCUGUGGAUAAAUUUUAUACUGGUAUCUCUGUAACUCUUUCUUUUCCAAGGUUCUCCUCUCUGCAGAGCAGAGAUGGUGUGGCAGUCUGUAGAGGAGAAGGAGUUGCAGACAGAUUCUUCUGACUGAGCACUGUGUUCUUUUUGCACUUUGGUGCCAAUGCUCAACUUUUUGCAGACUUUUUGCUGUCUGCAGCAUUCCAGAAAAGGAAAGAAGGAAGAACAAACUAUCUUUCUCUUUUUCCAACAAGAGAUGAUCUAGGCAGCUUAAAACCGUAGUGCUUUUUUUUCUUACUGUGUCCCAGUUUCAAUACUUCCAUUAUUUGGAUACAUGUGUAGAGUGCUCGCUUGCUAUUAAACCUCACUGUGUCUCCAUGUUAGAACUGACAUUUCUGUUACAGAGAAGGUAUAUGUUUCACUUGCUUCCUCUAAUGGUUAAUGCAGGUUUUUAGGCUACUGAAUAAAAGGUGUAAGAUGGACUCCACUCAUAAAGUAAUGAGAGUACCAUCAGUUGAGACUGCCAUGGCAAAAAACCUGUUAAUUAUAUUGGGGUUUAUUUUUAACUUGUUCUUGCAGGGGGGGUUGUUUGUUUGGGUUUUUUUUUGCUGUUGACUCUGUGUAUAGUUAAAAUGCCAAAUUAGAUUUAUAGUAGCUUGAAGUUGUAUUAAGUGAUAUUUUGCUUUCUGUAAUUCUGUUAUAAAAUAAAGUUGUUUAUUCUCUGUA